GUGUUGGUUCCUCCUAGAACACGACAUAUAUGUUUUACAGGUAUUAGAAGAUAUUAUGAUAGGAUUAAUGAUCAAAAUAUAUUUAAGGAACAUCUUCUUCAUGAUGCAUACAAUGAAGCCAAAAUGUUAUGGGAAAUAUAUAAUAAUAAUCAAAACAAAGCACUUGAAUCAAUUAAAUAUAGUUUUGCAGAUAUAGGAAAUAUUAUCAAAGGAGAUGAUAUGUUAAAUGACGAAUUGUCUGAAAAAAUGAAAAACAUAUUUCAUAGAAUAAACUCUAAAAAUACACAGAACACACAUGAUGGUAAUAAAUGGUGGCAUGAAAAUAAAGAAAAGGUUUGGAAUGUUAUGAUGUGCCAUUAUAAUGGCGAUGAAAAGGAUUAUAGAUGUACAGAAUAUAACGAUAUUGAUAAAAACCCUCAAUUUCUUCGAUGGUUAACUGAAUGGGCAAAAUUGUUCUGUGAUGAAAAACAAAAAGAAGCAGAACAAGUAGUUAAUAAAUGUUUAGAAAAAACGAAAAUAGGAAAUGUUAAAAAAAUUAGUGAUAUAAAAAACGUGAAAUGUAAACAUAUAUUACAAAGAUAUAAAUAUUGGUAUGUUCAAAGGAAAAAUCAAUGGGACGGGUUACAAAAACAAUAUAAAACUUAUAUAAAAAAUCACAGUUCAUCCGAAGGUGAACAACAACUACCACCAAAUGCUGAUCAAUAUAUAACAAGCAAAUGUCCAGAAUGUGAUUGUAACUAUAAGGAUUUGGAAGAAAUGUAUAAAAAAAUUACAGAAGGAAAC